CCCGGAAGUGCCAUCAAAGUGCUUCAGCGUUACUUGUACAGCACUUUUCAGGAUGGCCACCGCGCCGCAGUCUUCACUUCAUAUGAGAUCGACUGAUAUCAUCAAAAAAGAGGUCCUGGACUACGGAGGGUUUGGAGAAGUGUACCUUUGCUAUCAUGCAACCCUCGGCCAGGUGGUGUUGAAGACCAUGUACACAGGCCAUAUUCGCAACGAGGAGAAUAAAAGGUCACUGCUGGAGGAGGGCAACAUCAUGGCAAGCCUGAACCAUGAGCGGGUGGUCAAGUUGCUGGGUGUGAUCAUGGAAGACAGAGACUGCUCGUUGGUUAUUGAACUCCUCCCCAGAGGCAACCUGUCUGUCAUGCUGGAGACGGUUUCUGUGCCAGUAUCCAUCAAAGGCAGAAUCAUCUUGGAGAUUUUGGAAGGGAUGUUGUACCUCACAGAGAGAAAUGUCAUACACAAGGACAUCAAGCCAGAAAAUAUUUUAGUGGACAAGGAUUUUCACAUCAAGAUAGCAGACCUUGGCCUGGCCACCUGCCAGACAUGGAGCAAGCUCACAAAGGAGGAGUCUCGCAGGAGGAGUCGUAUGGGACGAUCAGCCGGGAUGAGAGGCGCUGGCACAUUAAGCUACAUGGCCCCUGAGCACCUGGAGAGUAUUCAUACAGUCUCCACUGAGAAGUCUGACGUCUACAGCUUUGCAAUUGUGGUUUGGGUCGUCCUCACAGGGGAAGAGCCAUAUGCAAAUGCAAGGAGUGAAGAGCAAAUCAGCCAGUGUGUCCGAAACGGUGACCGACCUGCAGAGAACCUUAUUCCAGACGACACGCCCACAGAGAUAAUUCAGCUUAUGAAGAGGUGCUGGGAUCGAAACCCACUGCAACGGCCGACAUUUAAAGAGGGCUAUGACUUCUUCCUCCCUUUCUACCGGGAAAAGCUUGAACCACGUGUAGAAGAAGAUCUAUUUGAGCUGAGGAAAUUAUAUGAAGGACCAGAAGAACUUGUGGAGAAGAUGAAAUCUCUAUCGAUGACCCAGGAAUGUUUUUCAGCAGACUGCCCUGCUCCUUUGGUGAGUUCAGACAGAAGUGUACCUGUGCCAGUUGAAGCCAGUAUUGAAGACCUGCAUGACAUCCAGUAUGAUUCAGAGAGAGACGCUAUUCAGACCGAUGCAAGAGCAGUCAGCAGCCCCUCAGCUUUGGAGGAGAAACUGGGUCGGGAGCUUCAAUACCACAAACAUGGUAGCUAUAACUGUGAGAACCAGCCUGACGCUGCCAACGGUUACCAUGGCAGCAACUCAAAUCCAUUCCUGCAAAACCACCUUGGCACUUCAGAUCACGCUAUCAAGCAACCAGAACAAGACAGACCCUCUUAUGGUUCCUCUGUCCAUUCCUGGACAAAAACUGAGCCGGUGCAGCCAACCAGCCAGGAGGAGGUUUGGUAUCGCCCCACUGCUGGUCUCUAUGACUCCAUGAACUCUUCUAUGUCUGCUCAGUCCCACUUGCCGAUGUCCGCCAGCAGCCUUUCUCUACCACAGUUUAACCAGCAACAUCCACAUUCCCACUAUGACCGCCAGCAGUCCUGGCCAACAUACCCAGUGUCUGACACGUCUGCGCCCGACAUCCCUCCUGGACGUCUCCUGACCCCUUCCAAGAGCUGCUCAUCACAAGAUCCAGGAUCUCUUUACAUUCACAACGCCAGCGGGAUCCAGAUUGGGAGCAACAACACAAUGAGCAUCAGAGGUUACGAGUCUUCAAGUAGUUUAUCUCUACCCUGUGUCGCCUCAACUUACAAUCCCAUCAAAGAAAGAAUUCUGAAAUAUGAGGACUACGCCGUGACCGAGGAGCAUCUAGAUCUGCUGAGGGACAACAUCGGAGCCAAAUGGAAGCGUUGUGCACGGAAACUGGGUCUGUCCAGUGUGGAAAUAGAGACCAUUGAGCAUGACUGUUACCGCGAUGGCCUGCCAGAGAUGGUGCACCAGAUGCUGGAUCGUUGGAAAAUGAAGGCGGGAAGCAUUGGCUGCACAAUUGGGAAGCUUUGUCGGGCUCUGGAAGGAAACAUAAAGGUAGAUGUCAUCCAGAAAAUAUUGGACACCUGUGGUUCUUCCUCCUAGAUCUGAUGAACUUUCUCCCUCAUUCUCUCUAAAUGACUCUCUGCACGUGGUGGUGACCCUUUCUGAACUGUCUGUAAUAUUUAGAGACUCACUUUCAACCAAAAACAAAAAGUUUGAGUUUGCAUAAUUUUGUUUUUUGUGUGCCACUGUUUUGAAAAAUCAUCUCUAUCAUCCCCGCGUAUAGUACAGGUGAGUGGAAUUUUGUUUGUGUUGCUCAGAGCAUUGCUCGACCUAACUAUAUCUUUUUUUGGGGGUGGUGGGACUUUUAGCCUAUAAUGGACAGAACUGUAGAGGCGUAAAAGGGGGAGAGGGGGUGGAUGACAAGCAGCAAAGGGCCAAGGCUGGAAUCGAACCCAUGGCUGCUGCAGCGAAGACUUAGCCUCUGUAAACGCGGCGCCAGCUUUACCAUUUGAGCUACUGGGCGUCCAAACCCAACUGUAUCUUUUCAGUUAAAAAAAAAAAGAUCCUAGUUACUCGUGAUUAUCACAUAGCUCUCUGUCAACUGUUUUCAUGGGGAAAAUGUCUGUGGUCUCCUACUGAACCCUGCCUGUAACUUUUGGUUUUUUUGGUAAUAUUUUGGUAAAAUGAUCAUUUGGACUUGACUUAUAUUGUGUCAGUUUAAAAGUGCAUUUUCAAAUGACUUUUUCUAUAAAAACGCAUCGUUAUGAGCGGCAAAGACGAACAAGAGCAGGGGUUCAUGUUCUUCUAAAGGAAUUUUAAAAUCAUUGUUUAUUUUGUAAUUUACUCUAAAGUAAUAAUGGUCUAAAUGAUUCGUCUUUCUUAUUCAUGUGCCAGAUGAUAUGUUGUAGCUGGCAGAUUUGUGGACUCAAGUCAAAUGACUCAGACUCAGGUCAGACUUGAGUCACAAAUUUGAUGACUUUAGGCUCCACUUGACAAAAUCAAAGAAGACUUGCAACUUGACUUGGUCUUUACCACUAAUUACUCUAAAAUGACAGACAAACUUUAAACAAACUUGUUUUACCAAACAAAUACAUUUUAAAAGAUAAAAGAUUUUUGUAAAAAUAUAUGAAGUGAAGAGCGCAUUAUUACUCAGAGUUUAGGAUUAGAACUUGACCUGCAAGGUUUCCACAGUCUAGAAAAGUUGUGAAAUUUCACAAUCACAUUUUCCAGGCCUGAAAUUUUGUCUGGAAAAAUGCAUGGGAACCCUGGACCAGGACUUGCCUUCCUUGACUUGGGAUUUGACGUGGGACUUGUCAAUCUUGACUCUGGACUUGGGUUUUUACUUGGGACUUGAGUGCAAAUACUUGAAACUUAAUUAUGCCUUUGCAAAAUAAUGAUUUGGUCCUAAACUAUUACUACAAUUAUUGUAGCUUUAAUUGAAUAAUGAAGUCAUAUUCAGAGACAAACAGUGCGGUAAACUUUAAUCCAGCCCAGCACAAACAUACUGACUCCAAUCACAGAACAGAUAAUGAUUCUGUCAGCUGAAUUCAGAGGCUGAAAAGCAUAGACACAAGGACAGAAACUUUAGUGUAGUAUUCCAGUAAUACAUGUGUAUAAAUGUUGUCAUCGGUGUGUCCAGUAGGGAGCAGUAGACAGUAUAACGAGUAAAUUCUCUCAUUAAUUCUCAGACCUGCUGUAGCAUAUGUGCUCCCAGAUAGAGUAAAUGUGCAUGAAUUACUGAUGAACUACUUGUUUAUGUGUUAAUCGUGUGGAUUUCCAGUAUUUAUAAUGAUAAAAUCAAUCAGAUUAUCUUCAAACUGACAAGCUGCUGUGCUGUACUGUAUCGAGCAUUUUGGAUUACAUUAUACUUUUCUUGCUAUCCAAAGGUUAGAUGGUCUUGGAGAUGUGUUUUUGUGUUUUAUAACAAAACUUUGUGGGUUUUACUGUCGCGAUGUAGAUCUCACUACACAAAAGCAGAGUAUUGUGCAAGCCUAUUUUCAAGACAUUUCUACAUUUUGAAUAAACUGUGUACAUAUGUUUUUAAAA